AUGGCGGCGCUCUACGCCUGCACCAAAUGCCACCAGCGCUUCCCCUUUGAGGCGCUGUCUCAGGGGCAGCAGCUGUGCAAGGAAUGUCGGAUUGCACAUCCUAUGGUUAAAUGUACCUACUGUAGGACUGAGUUCCAGCAGGAAAGUAAAACCAAUACAAUAUGCAAGAAAUGUGCUCAGAAUGUAAAGUUGUAUGGAACGCCCAAGCCUUGUCAGUAUUGCAACAUUAUUGCAGCAUUUAUUGGCAAUAAAUGUCAGCGUUGUACAAACUCAGAGAAGAAGUAUGGGCCGCCAUACUCUUGUGAACAGUGCAAACAACAGUGUGCCUUUGACAGGAAAGAUGACAGAAAGAAGGUGGAUGGGAAGUUGCUGUGUUGGCUUUGUACGUUAUCGUACAAGCGGGUCCUACAAAAGACUAGAGAACAGCGGAAGCACCUGAGUAGCUCGUCCCGAGCAGGCCACCAUGAGAAGGAGCAGUACAGCCGGCUAAGUUCUGGGAGCCAUUUUAACAGCCAAAAAACACUGUCUACAUCUUCAAUUCAGAAUGAAAUUCCAAAGAAGAAAUCCAAGUUUGAUGCUAUCACAGCUAAUGGAGACAGCUUUUCACCAGACUUAGCUCUGGAUUCUCCAGGCACUGAUCACUUUGUCAUCAUUGCCCAACUGAAGGAAGAAGUGGCCACACUUAAGAAGAUGCUUCAUCAGAAGGAUCAAAUGAUCUUAGAGAAAGAGAAGAAGAUUACUGAAUUGAAGGCUGAUCUGCAGUACCAGGAAUCUCAGAUGAGAGCUAAGAUGAAUCAGAUGGAAAAGACCCACAAAGAAGUCACUGAGCAAUUACAGGCCAAAAACCGAGAGCUGUUGAAGCAAGCAGCUGCUUUGUCGAAGGGCAAAAAGCCUGAGAAGUCGGGAGCAAUGACUUCUCCGUGAAAAAUAGCCCGGUAGCUUCUUGAGCAGCAGCAAUGUGGAGUCUUGGACUGGAGCUGGAGGCAUAGUGGCUGGGAACUGCAGGCUUCCCUGGGAGCCUCCUUUAGUGACAGUUGUCCCUCUUUAUCCUGUGACUGUGGGCAGGGUGAAAACACCGGGUGUGUUGUAUUGCAUUAGGACCUCAUGCUGGAAGGUGUCAGGGUUUAAUGGAGAUCUCUCGAUUUUUUUUUUUUUUUUGUAUUGCUUUUCAUUUUUUAGAGUAGCAACUGCUCAUUAUUUUGUGCAGAAGGAAUUAUUUUCCCCAUCCCUGCAUCCUAUAAUUCCCAUGAGCAAAUAGUUUGGCAUUGAGUAAAUAUUAUCACUGCCACCUUUUGAUCUCAGAAGCUGCCACCCUAAGGGGACUUGACACAGUGGAGGUUUCCACUCUUCAAUAAAAUUGCUGCUUCAGGGGAUACUUUUUUUCCAAGUAUACUAUGAACUUUGUACUAUAUACAGAUAGAGGUUUAUUUAUUUAACAAAAAAACCCUUUUUCUUGAGAAGGGGAAACACUUAGACCAGCUAGUUUUCUUUAUGACAGGGCUGUGAUGACUAUUGGAAAAAACACCCCAAUCUCCAUUUAGGCUACAGAAAAGGAUGCCAAUUUCAUCUGGUUUGAUACCUAGUUGUUGCAUAAUGUCGAUGGUUAUGGUGCGUGAAAUAGUUGGAUUCAGAAGUGUGGCAUUAGGUGCUUUUUUUUUUUUUAGACCCCUUGAGGAAAGGGCAUCUGAGUAUAUAUUUUAGAAGGGAACAGGAAUUUCCAAUUUCUGUCACUUUAGAUAAUGGCAGAAAGAUUUGUCCAGGUUGUACUGGACAUUUUUACUUUCCUAAUCAUUUUAUGUAAUUAAUUUUGAAUUCUUUUUCACACUGCCACUUAUUUGUUUUUUAAAUCCCUUUCCUUCCCAACACCAGUUGUCAGAUCAAGUCAUUGCCAAGGAACAUUCUGAAUUGGAAAACUUGCUAACUGUAGUGUGCGUCUUAAGACGAGCUGAGUAUCUCAGGAUGGACAGACUAUUGGAGUGAGAGGGAAGGAUUGUGAGAAGUACUGGGGUGUUUGCAUGUGUGUGGGUGUGGGUGUGUUUGUAUGUAUGUGUGACACCACCCCAAGUUUGCAUGGAAAUAGAACCGAAAGAUGUGUUUUUUGGAUAUGGGCCAUCCUUAGCCAUAAUUGUGUGUUGUCCAAGAAGAUGACUCACUGACUUUCUUUCAGUAGGUGAUGCACUUUUGGGUUAUUUGUUUAAUAGUGGGAAUAGAUUUGCAGUUCUAUUUGCAUACCCUUUUUUUUUUUUUUAAACCCUUACCCAUCUGUCUUGGACUAAGUAUCAGUUCCAAGGGCAGAAGUACAGUAAGCGCUAGGCAUUUUGGCAUUAAGUGACUUCUUGUCCAGCUAGGAAGUGAGGCCAAAUUUGAGGCCAAGACCUUCCAUCUCCCAGGCCUGGCUAUCCAUUGAGCCACCUAGCUGUCCCUGCAUAUUCUUAAUAAUGAUAAUACUCUUAAUUUUUGUCAAUACAUCAUAUUUUUGGAAGAAAACUGCUUGGGAUUAGAGUUUGCAGUCUGUGGUCAUGAAACAUACUACCCAUUACCGUGGCUCCAUUAAUCCACUAGGAUAUAACCAUCAGAAUUAACCAUAUGCCCAAGUCAGAAUUUGAGAUAAAACCAGUGGGAAGGGGGGGAGAGAGAGUGUGUUUUCAGAAGAGAUGAAUGAGUUUAAGCUACCAUAAUUAUAGGUAUAAGUUCAGCUUCCAUACAUUUCUUAGAAACAGUACUACCAUUAAGAAUAGACUGCACUGGUGGCUUAGUAUUAUAGCUGUUUCUAGUCUAUUGACAUCUCAGAAAUCUCACAAAUAGAGUAAUUCAAAAAUUGGAAAAAACUGAUCUGGAAAUGGAUCUCUUUGCCUUAUAUAGAUGGGGUAUAGACUGUGUGUGUUGUCCAUGCAUUGUUGUCAUUUGAAAUGCCAGGUUCCCUUCCAAACAAGGGGACCAGGACUUCCAGUUAGUUUUGUAUAUUUUUGAAUCAAAACCUUUUAAAUAAAGAAAAUCAUAAUACUUUUCAGGUAUAUUUGCUCGAGUUUGAAGAAAAGGACAGUUACUGUUUUUUAAACCUUAGAUAUUGAAAAAUUGUUCAUCAAGUGUGAUACUAUAAAAUUAUGAGCUUAGUUUUGUACUAAAUCUUUUUUGAAAAGUCUUGACAUUUAAUAUGAAACAAAUUCACACAUUUUCUAACUUUUCCUUAGAUUUCAAAAGAGAGGGAGGGGACCCCUGGAUUUGAAAUUUUGGUUUUUAAAAUCACAACACUGUUUUAUCAUGAAACUAAAUAGGUGACUUUUAGUAACAUGGUUGUUUCUUUGUAUGUUUGUAAUAAUGGAAAUUUUAAAAAGCAGGAAUGCUUUGGUUUGUACAGACUUCAACAGAUGUAAGAGUGUAAAAAAUUCAUAUUGACUGAAAUACAAUUGUUGUUUUUUCCUAUUCA